UGAGAGUCGCUGCCCCGCGGCGCCAGGGACAGGACUCCCGGAGGUCUAGGGAAAGGCCACAGGGUGACGGCGGAGCCCCCGCGGCCGGUCCUGGACGUGCGGGGCCCUCCGGACACGGAGAGGGGCAUUUUAGGAAACACGAGGAAGAGUCAAAUGAAGAGGUUCGGAAUAAACAGCAGAGGGACGAAGAAUGCCUUCAGAGGGCACGUGGAAGGGUGGUGGAGCCAGGUCCCCACGGGCCAAGGAAUAAGAGAUGAAUGGACUGGACCCCAGACCCCAGAAGGCCCCGCGCUGAGACGGGGAAGGAGCGAAAGCAACGGGCCCAGAGCAGCGGGCCAAAGACAAAACAUCUCCAAGGCGGCCAGAGGGAAACUCCAUAGGCAGAUGUGGGGGAGCCGUCCUGGUGGAGGGAACAGCAAGAGCAGAGGCCGAUGAAGAUGGCGUGUGAGGCAGAGCACCGUCCCCUGGGUGUGUUUGAGUGCCAGCUCUGUGCCUUGGCAGCUCCAUACAGCUAUGUGGGGCAGAAGCCCCCCGACACCCAGUCUGUCAUCCUCUUGGAGGAGAGCUACGUCAUGAAGGACCCCUUCACCCCGGACAAGGACAGGUUCCUCAUCCUGGGCUCCAGGUGCAGUGUCUGUGGCCGGCUGGUGUGUGUGGGCCCGGAAUGCAGUCUGUUCUACUCCAAGAGGUUCUGCCUCCCUUGUGUCCAGAAGAACCUCCAGGCCUUCCCCCAGGAGAUCCGGCAGGACCUGGAGAAAAGGAAAGGCCCCGCGAAGAGGCCGGCCGACCAGCCCAGCUCGCAGGCCUGAGCCGGCGUCGGAGACCCGGGUCAGGGGCUGAGCUGGGAGCCACCGUGUGGCCUUGUUCUGGAGCCGCACAGAGGAGGCACCUGGGAACCCCGCCCCGACUCCAGAGCUCGCUCAGUGCUGAGUGCGGGCAGGAGCCAAGGGGCGCCCAGGCUCUCAAGGGGCUGGGGCCCCACCCUCUGCAGGUCCUCCCGGCUGUGUCCUGCUCCACACGGCUGGGCUGGAGGGCCCUGCGUCCUUCCCACGAGGGGUCAGAUCCAGGGGUUGUCUCCACGCGCCACGCUGCUCUGCUGGGCCCUGAACACAGCCGUGCGGGGCAAAGGCCGCUGCCGUGGGGCUGUCCCCAUGUGCGGACCUCUGGCUCCCGCAGUGGGCGGGGGGAGCGUGUGCUCCCUCUGGCUCUGGUUCCAGCCCCUGGCCCCCGGCUCCCUCCCCUCACGCCCUUGCCUCGGAGCCUUCUGUUGCUUGCCUGCCCCUCUCCCCAGCGAACUCAGCCUCGGGCCUGCGGAGGCCAACCCCACAGCCUCAGCAUUGCGCGUGGGAGCUCACCUCCUGUCUGCUGGUUCCUGGCGGCGGGUGCUGUCCUGCGUCAUCUUACAGUUGCUGCGUGGCCACCGUCCCAGCCCUGAGUGAGAAAUGUGAAUAAAGAGCCGUUUCCAUC